AUGUCUGGCAUAAUCUACCCUGAGCUCAAAGAUCGACCUAUCAAAGAGACCAUCUGUCUCUUUGAUGUCGAUGGCACACUCACCCCGGCCCGGCUGGGCGUCUCCCAAGAGGUGUUGCAGACCUUGUCGCAGUUGAGACAGAAGUGCGCAAUCGGUUUCGUUGGAGGGUCAGACCUCAAGAAGCAGGAAGAACAACUGGGCCAACCUUCUCUGCCAGCCACCGCCCUCUUCGACUUCUGCUUUUCCGAAAAUGGCCUCACAUAUUACCGCGAAGGCAAAGAGAUGGCUUCUCAUUCGUUCAUUCAAUGGUUGGGUGAAGAGAAAUACCAGAAGCUGGCCAAAUUCGUUCUGAGAUACCUGUCUGAGCUCGAAGGUCUGCCUCGGAUGCGCGGCACAUUCAUCGAGUUCCGAAACGGCAUGGUCAACAUCAGCCCCGUGGGUCGUAACGCGAGCAAGGCCGAGCGAGACGAGUUUCAGGCUUGGGACAACAAGACCAAAUGCAGAGAGCAGAUGAUUGCCGCAAUCAAGAAGGAAUUCCCUGACAUUGGACUCACGUACUCGAUCGGCGGUCAAAUCUCCUUCGACGUGUUCCCUCACGGCUGGGACAAGACAUACUGCUUGCAGCACGUUGAAGCCGAAGCAGAUUCCAGCAAGCCAGGUCGCUCGGGCAUCCACUACAAGAACAUCCACUUCUUUGGCGACAAGGCCUUCCCCGGAGGAAACGACUGGGAGAUCUAUGAUGAUCCUCGUACAAUCGGUCACGCUGUCAAGGGCCCCGAGGACACCAUCGCGCAAGUCAAGAAGCUCUUUGAUCUUUGA